GUCUCCAUAACCAUAAUCCCCUUUCCAACUGAACCAAAUUCCCAAACAGAUUAUCCGCAACAAAACCAAAUUGAUCUCCGUAACCAAACACCCCCACAAUCUCCAUGCCAAUUUCCUCCAUGUCCAUCCUCCGCCAUCGCACCAUCAUCCCCACCACCGCCGCCGCCCUCCCAACCGUCGCCAAAAUCAUCCGCCAAAUCUCAACUCUCCGGUGCGUCUCCGUCGCCGCAGCCAAACAGCACCAGAACCCUAACGUCUCCAGGAAGUCCCAGCCCCCGAACAAGAAGCUCCUCAGAGCCAAACACACCUUCAAGGACUACUCCUCCCUCGCCCCGGUCCUCUCUCCCCAGGACAAGCCCCCGCUCUACGAGUCCCAGACCGUCGGCACGGUUGCCGCUGCCCAAGCCAACUUCAUGCGCGUCAUCGUGGAGCCUCCCAGAAGCAUCGAAGAGAGCAAAGUGGAGCUGCUGUGCGUCGUGAAGGCGGUGCUGAAGAAAAUUAAGAGGAGAGUGCUGGUUGGGGACAAGGUGCUGGUAGGGUCGAUUGAUUGGGUGGACCGCCGGGGCAUGAUCGAGAAUGUGUACCAGCGGAGCUCCGAGAUUCUUGACCCUCCGGUUGCGAAUGUGGACCAUCUGCUCGUGCUCUUCUCCAUGGAGCAGCCCAAGCUCGAGCCGUUCGCACUCACCAGAUUCUUGAUCGAGGCCGAGUCCACCGGAAUUCCGCUCACACUCGCUCUCAACAAGUCUGAGCUUGUUGACGAAGAGGCGAAGGCUGCAUGGAAGUUUAGGCUGCAUAAGUGGGGCUACAAGCCGGUUUUUUGCAGUGUUGAAUCAAAACAUGGACUUGAUUCUCUUGCAUUUAUAUUGAGAGAUCAAACGAGUGUCAUUGUCGGUCCAAGUGGAGUUGGCAAGUCUAGUCUGAUUAAUGCUUUGAGGAGCAACCACCAUGCUUCUGAUGCUGCAGAAGGGGAAAGUUUGUUUGAUCCAAUUUUAGGAAGCAAAUGGUAUGGGGACCAGCUUGUUGGACAGGUUUCAACAAGAAGUGGCCGAGGGAAGCACACUACACGCAAUGUCUCAUUGCUUCCAUUGUCUAACGGGGGUUAUCUUGCUGACACUCCUGGCUUCAACCAGCCUAGUUUAACGAAAGUCACCAAGCAAUCUCUAGCACAAACAUUCCCAGAGAUCAGGAAGAUGCUCAGUGACAGUGAGCCUGCAAAAUGCUCAUUCAAUGAUUGCCUGCAUCUUGGUGAACCGGGGUGCGUCGUUAGUGCUGAUUGGGAAAGAUAUCCAUACUAUUUCCAACUUCUUGAUGAGAUCAGAAUCAGAGAGGAAUUUCAGUUGAGGACGUACGGAACCAAAAAGGAGGGUGAUGUAAGGUACAAGGCGGGAGAUAAGGGCGUUCAACAAGCUGAACCACGGUUGGAGCUGAAGAAGCACAGGAGAGUAUCUCGCAAGAGUAUGAACCAAUCUUUACUCGAUGAAUUAGACGAGCUGGACGAUGACGACAACUUACUAGAUGAGGAAAACGAUCCGUUUCUCAAGGCAAUGAGGGAUGAAAGCCAGUAGAAAGUUCAAUCUUUUCGUACAUUGUAAAUAGUUAAGCUUGAGCCCUGAUCUUGACAACAACUUACCGGAGUCUUCUGUAGUGAAACGCAAGCACCGUUUGUAAUUGGCAACCGAUUCAAUCUCAGAUAUCUUUGCACUUGUAA